ACUUGCAGGGAAGAAAAUUUUCUGUUUUCACACACAGAGCACUCUACGAGUUCUCUUGUAAUUCUAGAACAAUCAUUCUUAUCUCCUGCUGGAGCCACCUCAGUAAGUGGCUGAUUGCUUAAUUAUAUUCUGUCCUCCCUUCUUUUUGUGAGUUGAUAGCAGUCUAAAGAUAUGCAUAGUCAAAGCUGAGGCCAACAGGGUUAGACAGCUGUAUUUAUGUUUCUACUUGGUGUUUGAGUGCUUCUUCAGAAUUAGCUGAAAAUUAGAAAUGCAUUAGCCAGCAUAUGUCCCCAGCUUGUAGUAUGCCACCAACAUGGAUGAGUUUGCCAGAAGUCACAUGCACAGGAUGCCACUCAGAUGGAUAAUUCAGGGUGGGGAAAUGACCCUUGGGUGUGGCUUCCAGAGCCCUUCCCAAAAGUAAUCAAAUCCAGCUUUUUCAUACGAUGGAGGCAAGGAUGAUUAAAUCAGAAGGGACUAUCAUAAUUCCUCAAUUGAUUCACUUAAUUUUAUUUAAAUGUAACCAUUUAUGUAAAUGUAACCACCCACCCACUUUUCACUAGAUUUACAUAACACAUCAAAAGCAACUAAUCUUGGAUCAAUAAAACACAACUGAUAUUUGCAAAAUAAGCCAUUAUACAAAGUAAUAGAGUGGGAAGGGAUCUUGGAAAUUUUAUAGUCCAAUCCCUUGCUCAAGCAGGAGACCCUAUACUAUUGUAUGGCUGUCCAAUCUCUUCUUAAAAACCUCCAGUGAUGUCUAAGCAUACCUUAGCAUGGCUCAAUAUGGUGCCUUACCUCACACAACACACUCAAGACAAUAGCUGGCACCACCUAGCUAUCCCCCAUUUUAACUUACACUAGUCUGAUCUGCCUGCCCAGUCCCUGUGUAACCUUCUUUCCUCCUCUAUACUUUUAUCUGGUUUAUUUGCAUGUGUACCACAUCAGGUGCUGAGUUGCUAGGGGACAUUCAGGGGAAAGGUAGCAGUUGCUAAGUGCCCAAGGAACAAACAUAGUGACCAGGAUGCUGAGAAAUAAUUCAGUCAAUUACCUCAGUCUUCCCUCAAGCAAACUGGUUGAGAGAUAACCACUGCUGAGGAACAGCAAGAAGAGACUCACCAUUCAUGGAAUUUGGCUAACCCUUGGUCUCAGAACUUACAGAAUUGCCAUAGAAAGUCAACAAUUAUAGGUACCUUUCCCAUUAAUCCCAGAUUUGUUUUUUUCCUCUUUUACAACAAGUUCAGCUAAAUAUCACUGCUGGUGGGGAAACUUAAUUCACCUAUUUCCUGGAAAGUGCCAGUUCUUCCUUCCAUUACAUUUUUUUUACACAUCACCCUACUUAAUAUGUAUCCCAAACAUAUUUAUGUUUGUCUUCCACCAUUUCAGUUCUUCCUAUGAUGCUCCCACACAUCUUCAGUUUCCUAGAGCAUCUCCUGUUGCCAUGGCACCCGAGAAGACUCACUUUUCUCUCUCCACAUCUUGCCUGAACUAGGCCUGGUGGAAUGGAAGGGUGCCCUGGUCACCUGGGCAACCAACCUGAUAUAUCCCACCCCACUGGAUGAUGCAUUACCUUAGCAACCCACCUGCUGUUUGUCCACCCACCUGUUUAUUCCUCAUCUUCUCAUCCUAUAUAGCAGAUGGACAAUGACUAAUGCUACCGACCUUCUGAUGGAUAAAGAGAUGCUGUUAGAUGAGACUUCAAGUCAGGACUCCUCCCUGAGGCACUCCAUUGGGCAGGGAAUCAAGGAGUUGUACCAGAAUCAACAACUCUGCGAUAUCAUCCUGGUGGCUGAUGGAAGAAGGUUCCCAUGCCACAGAAUACUCUUAGCUUCUGUCAGCCUCUACUUCCAGCGCAUGUUCACCAGCACCUUCAAGGAAUCACGGGAAGGAGAAAUUGUGCUUAUGGACUUAUCUGCCACUUGCCUCCAGAGCCUCCUGGAUUAUGUCUACACUGGGGAAUUGCUGCUUCUUGGGGAAGAGGCAGAAGAACUGUUCACUGCAGCCAGUAGACUUCAGAUUACUUCUGCACUAGACAUUAUCACCAGAUUUCUCAAAGAAAGGAUUUCCAUGGAGAAUUGUUUGGAGCUUUAUGUGCUGGCAUAUUCCCACAAUCACCGGCCUCUACUCCACUCAACAUCAAGUUACAUUGCUUUUCACUUUGAGCAUCUCUCAGAGCUUCCUGCUUUCUUGUACUUGGAUGUUACUAUCCUGAUUACCAUUAUUGCUUCAGAAAUCCUGGCAGUGGACUCAGAACUGAUUGUGUACAGAGCUGUGCGCCGCUGGGUCACCUAUAAUCUUGCUGAGCGUCUCCCAAAGUUUGCAGCACUUAUGGAUUAUGUUCGCCUUCCCCUCUUGACCCCAGAGGAACUUGCUGAGGUCCGGGCUCAAACGGAAGAAUUUUAUGAGUGUGUGCGUCUCCCUUGGGAGGAGCUUAGUGUGGAAGAAAGGUUGUGGGCAAGUAGAGGGCUGAGGCAUGGCAUGUAUCAUGAAGGAAUGGUGUGUGUGGGUCUCCCAAAAUGGAGUGAAGUGAAUUUUGAGGAUGAGAAGUUGGAUUCUCAUGUGCAUUUCUUUGACCCUUCCAUUGAUCAAUGGGAUCAGCUCCCUGACCUGAAAUCAGUGACAUCUCCCAGUUGUACCUCCAUGGGCCAUAAACUCUACAUAGCUGGUGGGCAGCAUUUAGAUGGCUCAUAUUCUGACAACCUGCUUGUAUAUGAUACUCUUGGGGGCUGCUGGUCUCAGCUCCCCUCCAUGUCUACACGUCGAGCUUGGCACGCUUUCCUCGUAUGCAAGAAAAAGCUAUACGUUGCUGGUGGCUGGGAUGCUACAGGGACGUUGAUAAGUGCAGAGACAUAUGACUUGGAGCAAGAAGAAUGGAUGACCAUCUCUAGCCUUCCUUUUGCACUGUCAUAUUUUGCUUCCACAGCUCUCAGGAGCAAACUAUAUCUCAUUGGUGGAGAGAUGGGUGACUCUGAUUUGCCAGUUCCCCACAAGGGAUUCCUGGUUUAUGAUGUCAUAUCAGGAGCCUGGUCCCAGAUCCCUACAGCCUUAGAAUUUUAUGAAGCCAGUGCCAUCACACUGGGCAACAACAUCUUUGUGGUUGGUGGGCUCUCUGGAGAGGAUGCUCAAGGAAUCCGUCACUUCACCCAGCAUUGUAUUUGCUUGCUCAGAGAUGGUACAACCAAUCAUAGCAUCUCUGUCCCAUUGCUCCCCAUAGCCAUCUCUUAUCCUGGUGUUGCCUGCUGGAGGAAGAGGAUAUAUGUCUUUGGAGGAGACAGCAACAACCGUUAUUCCAGUAUUAUCCUUUACUGGGAGCCAGGCCAAAACACCUGGACCCAGUGCUCAGCAAGCCUACCUGAUCCUAAUUAUGGGGCAUUUGGGUUUGGCUGCAUACCACUUAAGGUGCCUCGAAAACAUAUCCUCAGCAUCUUUCAUAGGGGAUCUGCCACAGCAGUAACAGAGCAUGCAACGUGCAGUUAAGUACGCUACAUGGCAUCCUACCUACUUGGCAACCAUUGCUGCUACUUUUCAUGAAUGAACUAAUAUUUAAAAGGAGAGAUCAGAAGGCAAAUAUUUGAUGGUUAUCUUAGAUCACAGUAUUAAUUCAGACUUCCUCUGUGGCCAAUCAAAUUGGCUUCUCCCACUUGACUAGAACAAGUCAUUUUGAUUCUCAUCUUUCCUUUCUAUCUCCUGGAUUUCUCCAACUCUUUGCCUUUGCAGCUCAACAUUUUGUACAUCUUGCCUCAAUUCUCUGAGUAAGUUUUCUUCUAUCUCGGUCAAACUGACAUUCCAAUUAUUGCAGGAUGUGGAAAAUCAAGGCAACUGCUGAAAAUUGGGAUGUUUUGUAUUGUCUGCUUUAUAAAUAUUCUCUGAACUGCAGAAUUUCAGCCAACAAUUAGAAGCUCAACAGCAGUCCCUAACUGCACUUCAGUCCGUUUAUAUAUCAAGCUCCAAAAUUGUGUACAGACUGCAUUAGAAUCUCUGGACCAGCUUAUAUUCCACUUCCUGGUGCUUUUUUUUUUUUUUGCUUUAGGCAUUUUAGUUCACCAUAUGAAAUAUUAUAUGAAAGUUCUACAUCACCCAGUAAAGAGAAGGUUCUAGGCCUUUCUGGGGUUCUUUCACCCAGGGAAUGAUCCAAAGGCAACAUAAAAUUGUGUCAAAGAAGAAAGAUUUUUAAAAGGAAAUCAUUUAAGGCUAUGGGAAAUGCACACAGAAUACGGAAAGCAACAGGGCUAAAAUGGCCAAGUAGCAAAGAAGAAACAGGAGAUGGCAGAGUAUGUGAUUUUUAUACCUAGAGCCACAUACAGUGCUGAGUCUGCUGACAGAGAAAGUUUAUAUAGGGAGAAGAAAAAGACUGGAUCAAUCACCAUGCAAAAGGAUGGAGCCAGGCAAGGUGCCAACUCUUAAAACAACAUAGCUUUUGAACAGAAGCACUAUAUCUGACAGCUGAUUGCCCCUGUGAUGUCUCUGCUUCCUUUACUAUAACCAACAGCUACUGACUAUCUUUUAUGAUAGUCAUCUUGGAAAAGAGAAUUUUGACACAUACUUUCCCAUCUUCUAACAUAGGAGAUGACAAGCAGCUGCAACUGUUCCUUUAAUCCAUGCUGUCUGCUCCUUUCCCAUAUCUAGGGAAGGAGGCAGAGGGACCAAAUUUAAAGUUAUGCAUUCAAUACACAGGUGGCAUAGAAACAAUUCUGAUCUGUGCUAGUUUUUGAAUCUCUUUGGCUGUUUGUGGGCUUGUAGAAUAUUGGCCCAAAGAUCAAUCUGCAUUUGCAGAACUAUUUACUUGUUUCCCUGUGGUUGUUUUGUGACAGGUAAACUAGCCCAGAGAUCUAGGCUGACACUUUCUGCAGCAAGGUAUUACCUGACAGCAUUAUAACAUGCUGAUCUAACUUUAGUUAUGUGUGGUCAACUUAAAAAAGACUCCAAAUACAAGUAGUAGAACCAAAAUAGAUGCUAGCUAUGACUGGAUAUUCAUUGAUCUAGAACUGUAUUAAAACUGUUCUGAAAUAUGUUUUGGUCUUUUUUUUUUUCCUCUAGAUUUAGGAGGGAUAAAAGUGCCUGAUAUUAG